AUGCGUGAGAGAAAGAUUUGGUUAAGGAAAGUUUUGGGUGGGACAGUGGAUUUGCAAUAUACUGUUGUUUCUGGUUGGGCAGAAAUUGCUGUAAAAUCUCCUCUUGCUGUCACUGGGACAAAGGCAGUAUUGCUAAAAAGCAGGGACCUUACCGUGGAUCAAGCUAUAGAUUAUGUUGCUACAUGGAACUCUGCCAUGCUUCUAUCUGAUGAUUUGACAGAGGUAAUAUCAGCCCAAAGCCAGAAGAGAAAACCUGUUUUUUCCAAGCUGUGA